UGGGAAAGCGAGUCGCUGCUAGGUUUGUUUUGAUCGGCACAUUCUUUAAAAGUCAAGCAAGAUAGUCAUCUCUUUUUUUCUGGCGGACAGAAGCAGAAGUGUGUAAACAAAGUAUAAAUGGAAAAGAAGCAUAUCAUAAUCGCGCUAGUGGUUGUCGUUGUCGUCGUAGCUGUCGCCAUCACUUUAGGCGUCACACUAAGCAAAGAUGACGACGGCGAUGGAAGCAAUUAUGCUGCUGUAAAGGACUAUUACACAAAUGGUGCUGUCGCAACAGAUGCUAAAAACUGUUCAGAUAUUGGUUUGGAAAUGUUAAAAGCAGGAGGGCAUGCUGUAGAUGCUGCUAUUGCAAGUUUAAUUUGCGUAGGAGUGGUAAAUCUGCACUCUACUGGUAUCAGUGGUGGAGGUUUUAUGACGCUGUACGAUAAAACAAAGAAGAAAACUACAGUGUUUGACUAUAGAGAAACUGGUCCAGCUGGCUUACAUGCAAACUCUUAUGCUCAUGACAAAAACGCCGCAAAAGUAGGUGGAUUAGCAGUCGGCGUUCCUGGAGAGAUCAGAGGUUUAAAGUUAGUUCAUGAAAAGUAUGGAAAAUUACCUUGGUCUCAAUUAUUUGAACCAUCAAUCAAGCUGGCUGAAGAAGGUAUCACGAUCGGAAAGCACAUGGCUUCAAAAUUAUCAAGUUCUACAAAGAAAGCAAUCAUGGCGGAUCAUGGAUUGAAAGAAAUUCUAGUAAAUGAAGAUGGUACGUUCAAAAAAGCGGGAGAUAUUAUUGCUAACAAGAAAUAUGCUGAUACACUCCGAAUACUUAAAGACAAUCCAGAAGAUCUUUACACAGGAAAUAUCUCUAAGUCCUUUUUAAGUGACGUCAACAACAAUAAUGGUAACAUGACGGCGGAGGAUUUGAAAAAUUACAAAGUUUUAGAGAAAGUACCUAUAAACACAACAUUGAAUGGUUUGACACUUCAUACAACUCCUUUACCAGGAGGUGGUUCUGUUUUAAUACACAUCUUAAAUAUGGUAAAAGGGUAUAAGUUCAACGCAUCAUAUUUGGACACUGUUGAUGAGAAAGUGUUAACAUAUCACAGAAUUGUGGAAAGUUUCAAAUUUAGCUAUUCGAAACGUCCACAUCUUGGUGAUCCCGAUAAAGUACCUGUUGAAAAUAAAACCGAAUUCGAUAAAAUGAAAGAAGACAUAAUAAGUCUAGCGAAGGCUGAAAUGAAUCGUAUGAAAGUGAAUGACACUUCCACGCAAAAAAAUAGUUAUUACGAUCAAUUCUUUACGACAACUGAAGACGAUGGUACUACACAUGUUUCAGUGAUUGAUAAAGAUGGGAAUGCUGUAUCAGCUACGGAUACGAUCAAUUUUGCGUUUGGCGCAAAAUUUCGAUCAAUGAAAACUGGUAUUUUAUACAACAACGAACUAGCUGAUUUUUUCUUAAACUCCACUUACGGUGAUAAAUAUCCAACGCCGUUAUAUAAUGCUCCCGGUGCUGGACGUCGACCUCUAUCAUCGACCUGUCCGUCAAUUUUAGUUGAUAAAGAUGGAAAUGUUGUGAUGGUGGUUGGUGGUUCAGGAGGUACCAGGAUAACACUUUCUACCGCUUGGGUUAUCAUCAAGAAGUUGAUGUUUUCGUACAAUCUAACUUCGGCUGUGGAAGAUGCUCGUCCGCAACACGCAUUUUUUCCAGAAUACAUUCGAAAUGAAAAAGGGUACCUCCUCUCCGACGAUAUUGUGGAGGGAUUGAAAAAAAAGAAUCACAGAAUUCUACAAUCCAGUCUUAAUGCUAUAGUUCAAGGUAUAUAUGUUGACGGUGGAAAAAUUUACGCGAAAUCUGAUCCCAGAAAAGAAGGUGUGGCAGCUGGAUAUUAAUUUCGUACACGAAUACAAUGUUACCAUAUUUAAUGAAAGUUAGAAAAUAUGUUCACAACAUUCUAAUUAUAAUUCUACAUUAAUAACACAAACACCGAACCAGCGACAUAAGAGACUGAGAAACAGAUUUUUUAUUUUUUUAUAAGUUUUAAAUAAUUACACGUCUUAUAAA